GGAACAGUGACCUCACGAUGUUUAACAGCUACGACAAAAAUAUAGGUAAAAUCGGAUUAAAUUAUUGUGAACGUUGAAAUCAAAAAUUUAGAUAUUUAACCCACGGAGAUAUCUUCCUAACAAAAUGUGUCUGGCCUUUCGAACUUUUUAUCUAAAUUUUUCGAUUACAAAAAAAUCCACUGGCAAUUUCAUCAAGUGGUCUGUUUCCAGAUGUCAUUAACAACUGCCUAGAGCGAACCAAAAAUUAUGAUCUGAUCUUAUCAGAUGCAGAGCACAAGAUGAUAAAAGAAUUCAUCAACAUUCUAAAUGUUUUCGAAAAGGCGACCGAUGUCUUCCAAGGCUCAAAGUACCCGACACUAAAUUUGACAAUCAUAUUUUAUGUCGAAAUCAAAGACAGUUUGGAAAGACUAUCGAAAGAAAAGUCAUUUUCCCAAAUUGCUCAACGUGCCGUCGCCAUAUUGCUGAGUCGUUUUGACGAGCGUUUUAAAUUGAGCGACGACAUGAUUUUGGCAUCGUUUCUUGAUCCAUCCAUGCAACAUCUUCCAAUUAUCAAAGAAUAUUUUGAAAAGCAUGGGAUUGAUGUGAUAACCAUGCUGCAUGAAAAAUGGGUCAAAUACGACCUCACCGCAGGAGUUGGUUCAUCAACCGUGAAUCAAAAAUCCACUGGAAUCAAGCGAAAAGCGCCAGAGCCUAUCAAUGACGCGAAGAGAAUUCGUUUGGAAUUGAUUGAGAAGCAUUGUGCAGUAGGCGCAACUGUGGGACAUUCUCCCAUUGAUUGCAUUCGAAGAGAGGAGAACAAAUACACCUCCAUUAUAGGUGUAAAUAUUCUAAAAGUGGACGUCCUCCAGGAAGGAAGCGACAAAAAACCUGGAGGAAAUUAUUUCACCAAACCAUCACCAGAGAGAGAACUGAACGUGCACAACGAUACUACCCUAUACAAACCAAUGAAAGUCAAUAGAUAG